ACCAGCCAACCAUCCUAGGCUGCUUUAAGCUGGAUUUUUCAGCAGGGUUGGAAGAAGCACUGCCCUCUAUCGUCCACAAACCUGGAAAUGACAAUAUUGACAUUCGUCUAAUGUUAUCUGUUAUCUGCACCCUUGCACUUGUUGGCCGAGACUACAUAUCUCAAACUUGGAAAGUCAUUCACAAUGCACUCAAUGGACCUAGUGACUUCACUGUGAGAGAUUAGAGUUAGGGGUGGGGUUAGGUUUAGGCAAUAAAAGCAUAGCAUGCAGCUCAGCCAUCAACUGCACUCACAUUCGUUCAACGUUUGAUAGCAGUUAGUCGGUAGUGUGCAGACGUUUACUGAGCUACAGUACAAAGCCAUCAUGAUCUUCGAAUGGGUCUUAUAUAUCGUUUUUUCCCUGCUCGCUGCUGUUUUUACUGCAUUUCUUGGGUAUUGUCUGUACAUUCAUCAUCUUCAUCAGAAAUAUGAUCAUAUACCCGGACCUCCAAGAGACAGUUUUCUGCUUGGACAUUCGUCAUCUCUUACUAAAGCAGUUUAUUCCGACAACAACCUUAUACAUGACUUAUUUCUUUACUGGGCAGAAAAAUAUGGCCCUGUUUACAGGAUUAACACUUUGCAUUAUGUCACAAUAGUGGUUUACUGCCCUGAGGCUACGAAGACGAUCAUGAUGUCACCUAAGUAUAUCAAGGAUCCAUUUGUCUACAAACAACUAUUUAACUUGUUUGGGAAAAGGUUUUUGGGAAAUGGGCUCAUUACAGCUGUGGACCAUGACAUGUGGUACAGGCAGCGUCGCAUCAUGGAUCCAGCCUUCAGCAGCACAUACUUACGAAGCUUGAUAAGCACUUUUGACGAGAUGUCAGAACGCCUGAUGGACAAGCUGGAGGAAAUUGCCAACAACAAAACCCCUGCCGUCAUGCACGACCUGGUCAACUGUGUUACACUUGAUGUCAUUUGCAAGGUGGCUUUUGGUGUUGAUUUAAAUUUAUUAAAUCAAAAGGAUAGUCCCUUCCAGAAUGCAGUAGAGCUGUGUUUAAAGGGCAUGAUCUUGGAUGUCAGGGACCCAUUUUUUAGGCUUUUUCCCAAAAAUUGGAAGCUUAUACAGCAAGUUAGAGAAGCAACUGAACUCUUGCGUAAAACGGGAGAGAAAUGGAUACAAAACAGGAAGACAGCAGUGAAAAAUGGAGAGGACGUCCCCAAAGACAUUCUCACACAAAUCCUCAAAUCAGCAGGCCAAGAGACAACAGCCAAUCAGCUCUCAUUUGCAAUCAUGGCAUUAGGGAGAAAUCCAGAGAUCUAUAAACGAGCUAAAGCAGAGGUGGAUGAAGUCCUCGGAACCAAAAGAGAAAUUUCAAAUGAAGACCUUGGAAAAUUGACUUACUUGUCUCAGGUGUUGAAGGAAACCCUCCGUCUGUACUCCACUGCGCCAGGAACCAAUCGCUGGCUUCAUGAGGACAUUGUCAUAAAUGGCAUUAAAGUCCCUAGAGGCUGUUCUGUUAUGUUCAGCUCGUAUGUCUCCCAAAGACUGGAAAAGUUUUUCAAAGAUCCGUUGAAGUUUGAUCCAGAGAGGUUUGAUGUGAAUGCCCCAAAGCCUUAUUACUGCUACUACCCAUUUUCACUUGGUCCACGAACCUGUCUUGGCCAGGUCUUCGCACAGAUGGAGGCAAAACUAGUGCUUGCCAAACUGCUCCAGAGAUUUGAGUUCAGUCUGGUCCCUGGACAGUCUUUCGAUAUUAAAGACAACGGAACUCUACGGCCCAAGAGCGGAGUGAUCUGCAACAUCAAGCAGUGCUCAUAGGACAUGUUUAAAUCUCUAAUGACAGCUCUUCUGAAAUAAAUCCUCUUACAUUAGUCAAACAUGUGUCAGAGAAUGUAGGUUGUAACGGCGCAACCACAAAUGAUUUAAUCAUCAAUUGAUUUACAUUAAUGAAAAUAAAUUAACUAACAGUGCAUUAAUCAAUAUGAACAAGCAAAGUUUGUUUUUAUUAGUGCUAUAGUAAAUGUUGAACUAUGAUUAUUAUUAAUCUGCUAAUAAAUUACAAGUGUUAUUAAUUGCUGUACAAGAUUGUUCAUACUAGUUCAUGAUAGUAAAUACACUAACAUUAACUUCUGGACAAUUAUUUAAAGUGUUAACAUGCAAACUUGAAAAAUCUGCAGGCACAAUGGGAGCCCAUAAAAACUUGUGAAAAUGUUUAGGUUUCCCUAAUUUCAUUCAUUUUUUAUUAUAGACUAUUUUAAGCAUUUUCAGUGUAAAGCUCAAUUGUAAAAUCGUUUUAAAAUGAUCUCAUAUUUACAUGUCAUAAUAUAAACAACAGAGAUUAAACAUUGCAUUAAAAACA